AUGGCACCAUUGGGUAUUAUAAUGGCAAUAACAAGCGCAGUACGAGUCGGCAGGCCAAACUGGCUUAAGGGAGUUGUCGGAAGGGCUAGGGAGGGUGAGGCGGUCGCAGAGGUGGAGCUCAUGUCCUCUACCUCACACGAGGUGUGUGAACUUUGGAAUGGGGAGGCUAUUGUUCGGGUCACGGGUUCUCCAAAGAUUGCUUAGAUUCUCUAUUUCGAAGAUGAGGCGGAUACGGCGGAUGGGAAGGGUGGGAAGGGUGGAACCUAAGUUAUUCACACUCAAGACGACUAUAGAAAACAAGAUCUCAAGAAACGAUAAAGAAAGGAGGAAGGAUCAUCCGCCCGGAGCAGAGGAGGCUGCACCCCUCGGGGUAGUGCGCAAAAAAGUUGUUCCACUUGGCACACUUAUUCCACUUAUAUCCCUCUUGAAAAGCCCCUUCGCACGCCCAGUCCUGGCGAGCGCGGAUGCCGAACUCGCCAUUCCCGCAAGGGAACGCGAGUCCAGAAGAAGGAACCACAAGGAACCACCGACUCCCACCACUCCGCCGAGACAUAAUACUCCCACCAGCGCCCCAAACAUAUCCUUGAACUUCUGUAAAGCCAAGAAUCUGGGAGAGCUAUGGCUAUUUGCUAUUCUAGGCAUUAUUCUUCAGUUCAGUUCCUUGAUCUUUAUUGGAGUCUUCCGCUACCACCCCAAGAUAAAUCCGAAGGAGGACAAAAAUUCGAAAUACGCCUACCCCCUUAUGGCAUCCGGGACCCCGAUUUUUAGUCAUAGGGAUGAUGGCAUGUUUGCACGUAGUGCAGGCCUCAUCCGAAGAGAAUACAUGGGUGGCUGA